GAAGCCGCGAAGGCGAAGAGACCAGGCCCCGGAAGCGGGAGGACGCGGCUCUCUCUGGAAAGACCCGGGCGCCUUUUGCUCUGCCCCGCUUCGUGGCGGCCAAAGGGUUGCAGGGUCAAGCCUGCGAGUUGUGGGUCAUGGCGCUAGCCGUGCGGCUCUGGCGCUCUCUUCGUUUGGGGCGUAGCGGCGCCCCGGGACCUCGGCUCCCGACGGGCGCUGCCGGCAGCCGCGGACAGUGCGUUCCUUGGCGACUCGGCGGCUCUGAGGUGAUGGGAAACCCGGGAGUUUUCAAAAGAAGUCUUUUAUUCUCUGCCUUGUCUUAUUUGGGUUUUGAAACUUAUCAAAUCAUUUCCCAGGCUGCUGUGUUUCAUGCUGCAGCCAAAGUCUUCAGAGUUGAAGAAAUCCUUGAACAAGCAGACUACCUAUAUGAAAGUGGAGAAACAGAGAAACUUUACCAGUUGCUAACCCAGUACAAGGAAAGUGAAGAUGCAGAGUUACUGUGGCGUUUGGCACGAGCAUCACGUGAUAUAGCUCAACUUAGUGGAACCUCAGAAGAGGAGAAAAAACUCUUGGUGUAUGAAGCCCUAGAGUAUGCAAAAAGGGCACUAGAGAAAAAUGAAUCAAGUUUUGCAGCUCAUAAGUGGUAUGCAAUCUGUAUUAGUGAUGUCGGAGAUUAUGAAGGAAUCAAGGCUAAAAUUGCAAAUGCCUACAUUAUCAAAGAGCAUUUUGAGAAAGCAAUUGAACUAAACCCUAAAGAUGCUACCUCAAUUCACCUUAUGGGUAUUUGGUGUUACACAUUUGCUGAAAUGCCUUGGUAUCAAAGAAGAAUUGCUAAAAUGCUGUUUGCAACUCCUCCUAGUUCCACCUAUGAGGAGGCUUUAGGCUACUUUCACAGGGCAGAGCAAGUGGAUCCAAACUUCUACAGCAAAAACUUGCUUCUUCUAGGGAAGACAUAUUUGAAGCUACACAACAAAAAGCUUGCUGCUUUGUGGCUAACAAAAGCCAAGGACUAUCCGGCACACACAGAGGAGGAUAAACAGUUUUCUCUUUAGAGUGACUUUGAACAUUAUUUUCUGGAGGUGUGAUUUUUUGUGUAUGUGCCGAGUUACCAGCAAUGCCAGGUUAUCACAUGGGAUGUAAGGGGUUUGAAUUAGUUCAGUAAUAUCCUCUGCUACACAAAUUUUGUAAAAUAAGCUAUCUGUCAGUAAUAAAGCCUUUUAUGGAGGGAAGGGUCUGUCUUUGAUAUUAUAAAGGGCUUUUAAAAAAAUUUUCCUUUGAAAUAAUUAUAGAUUCAUAAGAAGUUGCCAAAAAAUAGUUCACAGAGAGGUCCUGUGUAUCCUCCCCUCAGUUUGCCUCAAUGGUAACACAUAACUAUAGUACAAUAUCAAAACCAGGAAAUUGUACAGUCCACAGAUCUUAUUCAGAUUUUACCACUUUUAAGUUUUUGUAACUGCCACAAUCAAGAUAUGGAACUGUUCCAUCAAAAAAAUUCUUAGUGCUAUCCCUUUAUAAUCACACCCAUUCCCUGCCACCAUCCCUAAUCCUGAUAGCCACUCAUCUGUUCUCUAAUUUUGUUAAGAACUUCAUAUAAAUGGAUCAUACAGAAUAUGACCUUUUGAGAUUGGCUUUUUUCAGUCAGCAUAGCUUCUUUGAUAUCCAUCUAAAUUUAGUCAGUAGUUCCUUUGUAUUGUUGAUUAUAUUUCAUGCUAUGCAGUGUACCAGUUUAUUUAAGUAUCCACCUUAAAGCAUGUAGGCUGUUUCUGGUCCGGCUGCUAUGAACAUAAGGUACAAGUUAUAUCAACAAAUUUUCAUCUCUGUGGGAUAAACGUCCAGAGACAUGGUUGCUGGGUCUUUUAUAAGGCUGUUAUCUUUGUUCAUUCCCCCUUUACAAAGGAAAAACUCCCUUCUCCAAGACCUGGUACAUUCCUAAGAUUCUAGUUAUGUGUGCUUUCUCAAACUCUUUCUUUUGACUUUCCAGAAGUCUGAUUCACCAUAUCUCACACUGGUUCUUGGCAUUUCUCCACUCAGGGUGAGACCUACUACUUCUGGGAAUGAAUCUAGGGGCCCCAUUAUAUUCUCCUUCCUGUGCAGUCCCCACUUGACUUGGUUCUUGUGUGUUCCAGAGCUGACUGCUACUUUGAGAUGCCUGUUUCCCCACAUACAUAUAAACAGAAGUUUGUAGUAUUCUGUCUUCUAAAUAUAUUACAGUCGUGGGCUACAGGUGAUUAUAAUCGCCACUUCUUGUGCAUCUGUUUCCUUCUUUUAAGAAUGAGAGGACUUCCUAGGUUGCGCAGUGGUGAAGAAUCUGCCUGCCAAUGCAGGUGACACGGGUUCGAGCCCUGUCCUGGGAAGAUUCCACAUGCCAUGGAGCAACUGAGCCCAUGUGCCACAACUAGUGAGCCUGUGCUCUAGAGCCCAUGAGCCACAGCUACUGAGCCCAUGUGCCGCAACUAUUGAAGCCCACGCGCCUAGAGCCCAUGCUCCACAACAAGGGACACCACUACAAUGAGGGGCCUGUGCACCACAAUGAAGAGUAGCCCCCGCUCUCAGCAACUAGAGAAAGCCCAUGUAAGACCCAAAGCAGCCAAUAAAAUAAAUAAAUAAAUUUUAAAAAAAAAUUAAAAAAAAAAAAAAAAAAGAAUGAGAAAAAAAAAAAAAAUCUGACUUGGAAAGUGGCUGUUAUCCUAUUAGAAUCUGAAAGCUCUCAAUUAACUUGUUGCCAGAAAUUUUCCUGAGUGUUUAAUUAUAGACUAUGUACUAGCUGUGGACUUUGUAAAAAUGACUUCUCUAGACUCACUUUUUAAAAUAAGCAUAAUUACAACAAGGAAAAAACAAAAAACCCAGUAACCUAACAGAAUUGUUAGGAUUAAAGAACAUGUAUUUACCAUGAAUAUCAGUAAAUAUUUUAAAAUGUUGUUAUCAUCUGAUUGUGUUCUCCUUGGUUGAGGUUGGGGAGAGAAAAUUUGGAAUUUAGGAGAUGCUGCUUUUGUUCCAAUUUUAAGUGCUACUGAAGUGAGCACAGGAGAUGCCACUUUUAGCCUUUUACUCUUUAUUGUUGGUUUGGGGGUUUUUUUUCCCCUGCUUUUUUUCCUUUUUUUUGUUGCAUUCGUGUGGUGCUCACUGUAUGACCUGUUUUGGGCUGUGCCUCGCAUUAUUGGGAAGAAAAAAUUGGAGGGGUUGAUUACUUUGGCAAGGGCCAUUAAGUUUACUUAACUAAUGUCCUGUUCUGGCCCAUUGCACUGCGCUUUUGAACAGUGACCUUUAUGGUUCUGUCUUGUGACUGAAGAGUAUACACUAGGUACAAAGGAGCCUCAUAAAGGUAAAGGCUCUUCUGAUAUGGUCUGAGCUUUUCCCUUGAGAGACAGACCAGAUCCCUAGUGGACUUAGAGUCUGACUUCUAAGUUCAAUGGAUUAAGAAAAGUGGGGACUGUUACCAGAGAAUCUUUACGCUCUUAUUUGCCUGUUUCAACCAGAGAAGGUAUGGCUUCUGUAAUGCCCACUAGAAAGAAGAUCUUCUUAGGUUCAACCAAAUAUUCAGACUCAAAAAGCCCACGAUAGGCUUCAUCUGGCACCAAUUUACUCUGGCCAGAAACCACAACUGGCCCAGCAGGUCAAUGUCAGGCAUCCUUACCUUCAAAAGAUGACCUUACAGCAGCAGUCUGUGUAGCAGCACAUCCAUGCACCUCCUAAAAUUAUCAUCUCCCCAAGUGACAGUUCAGGAAUUUCAAAGGGAAAUGCAGUUCUGAGUUUCCAUAUUCGGAGAAGUCCAAAGCUAUGGUUUCCUAUCAAGUAUCCGGAGUUUUCCCAGUCCAAAUGUAACACACCAGUCAGGCGUCAUUUUUAACAGAAGCACUAUUGCCUGACAACAUUGUUGGCACAUACUACCCUCUCAGACUUUGAGAGCUGGAAAAGCUAGGUGGUAAGGCUAGAGGGCAAAGGGUUUUGUUAACCCUUUUGGCUUUAACUGCUCUGGAAGUACUAAAAAACACCACCACCACUUGUAGCUUUUCCUGGAAGACAGACAACUAAUCUGAUUGGUGAAAUUGUGUUGUGCCUGUGACCCACUGACUGGGCUGUUUACUAGUUAGUGGUGGUAGUGGGGCAGUGAAAUGAAAUGACAAUAUGAACCUGUCUUUGAGCCUCCCUCUUUUGCCGAUGUCCUCAUGAAGUGCCUGUGUUUAGGCACAGCCAGCCUUGCACUUCUAAUUUCUCUAUGCUUGGCCCAGCACAGGAAAGGGAUGGGAAGGGAGGGGAGAAAACAAGCCUCAGGUUUGCCUCACUGCCACUGAGUGGAUACAUCAAGACAAUAAAUCCUGCCUGUAGGCCUGGAUUUCUGUAAUUAAUAUGAAAGACAGAAAGACCCGAUGGGUCUCCCAACUAGCCUUCUCCAGAAAGCUGGUUUGGUUUCUCUGUAGGCUCUGUGUAGCCUCAUCCAUUGUACAGUAAUUUCUUACCUGAAGUGAGGAGGGGGAAUGGGCACCCUGAAAGUUUCCUGUCUUCAGUCAAAUCUACUACAUGGUGUUCUCACAUACCUCUACUGAAUGACAGUAACUUCUGUCAUAGCAAAAUUCAUCAGCAGUGGUGCUUCUUUCAUGGUAUAAUUUAAGUAGCCCUUUUGAAGACUAGUCACCCUCUAUUGUAUAGUCUGUCCUAUACCUUAGUU